AUCCGAAACAAAAGUUUGAAAUAAUAAAAUUGAAACUGUUUUUGGGAAAAUUCCAAGGAGAGUCCUCAAAAAGGGAAAAACCAAAGAAAAAGCUUUGUUGUUGUUCAUCUUCUACAAUCCAAAACUUGUUCCGGUGAUUCCAGUUCCAAAAAUUGCCAACAUUAUCCUCUUCUCCUCGCUAAAGGGUCAUCGAAUUCCUAUUUUUUGCUCGGGAAGCUGUUGAAGUUGCCCUGAUGGGCGUCGAAUCAAACUCCGCGCCGCCGCCGCCGCCAACGUCCUCGUCUUCUACGCCUUCUCCGAGCGGGAAGAGGGCCAGAGAUCCCGAGGAUGAAGUUUAUCUCGACAAUUUCCACUCUCACAAACGCUACCUCAGUGAGAUAAUGGCUUCUAGUUUGAAUGGAUUGACGGUGGGGGAGCCCCUUUCAGAGAAUCUUAUGGAUUCCCCUGCGAGGUCAGAGUCUAUGCUUUAUCAAAGGGAUGAAAUGUCCUGGCAAUAUUCCCCUAUGUCAGAAGAUUCAGAUGACUGCCGGUUUUGUGAGACAUCCACCAACUUGUUUCCCUCGCAGUCAGAUAGCAGUGUACCUACCAGCCCGGUCUCUCCAUACAGAUAUCAGAGGCCAUUCAGUGGGAUGGCUCCUUCAAAUGGUACCAAUACUUCGCUUGGAUGUUCUACCAGCCCUGUCACUAGCUUGCAGCCCCAUCAACGUGGAUCAGAUUCUGAGGGUCGUUUCCCAUCAUCUCCAAGUGAUAUAUGUCACUCAGCAGAUCUGAGAAGGGCUGCGCUCCUGCGUUCGGUACAGAUGAGAGCACAACCUGCUGGUCCAUCAUCUAUGGAGUUGCCAUAUUGCUCUAUGCCUGAGCCUGGACCAAAUAUAGAAGCUGAAGACCGGCCAUGUUCUUGUAUAAAAUCGUUGGUUGAUGAAAGAGUUUAUCAACUCGAGGAAUGCUCAUCUAUGGGAUUGGGAGUGUCUGAGUCUGAAUAUAAUGAACAAAAAUCAUGCAAGGACUUGAACAGGGAUAUGAAAGACAGCCAGUCUGGAGGGUAGUAAAUUCUAAAAAUGUACAGAGGAAAAUCUCUUCUAACAUAACAACACAUGUGACACAUUGCUGCUGUGAGACUGGAAAGUGUUUGCCUUUUGGUUCAACCUCCAUGGAAAUUCUCUUUUUCCCUAAUUUAUUUGCUUACCCUUAAUUGAGGAUGGUUUAGUCUUCUGCUAGCUCCAUUUCCAAGUGCGUGGUGCCUUGUGCUAUUUUCAUUGUCAAGUGUGUGUGGAAGUUGCGUUUAACUGUUCAACGCUUGUGAAGCCCGAGUUGAGAAGGUGUUCAUGGUUGAUCAUGUGCGAAACCUCUGUCUAUCUGUUUGAUUCUAUUGGAGCUGCCGGAGUCAAGAGAAGAUGUUUCUCAGAGUUAAGUUUAUUGAUAAAUGAUGCGGCUUUAUGCGUCACAAGGUUGAAGUUGCAACUGUUCCAUUUGUUUCCUGUGAUAACAGUGUUAUUAUUGAAUUUUUUUUGUUUUAAUCGGGUUAUGAGCAUGCCGGCAUAAUUGAUGGGAAAACUAAAAGAUGUAUAGAGACGAAAAGGGAACAAAGGGAAUUUGAAGCAAAUAGCUAAAAUAACUUCACUGUAGAGUACAGAAAGACUACCGAUUAGACAGCUGAUUUAUUUACCAUCGGUAUGUAUAUAUUUUUCCUUUUGGAUUGUAUAGUUGGAGACUUCAAGUUACCAUAAAAAAAUGCAUGUACCUAUGUUUGGUGUGUUUUCUCUCUUUA